AUGCACGCAGCUCUGCCCUGCGUUGCCCCUCGCGACGCCGCCGUCCGCGAGCCACUUGUGCCGCAGUGGAUCGACCGCCUCACCGUCGCCGGCCAGCAACUGUUGAGCACUUCAGUUGAGUCCGGCACCGCCGUCGCCGCUGCCCCGGCGAGGAGGAGCAGGGGAGGCGAUCAUGGCGGCAGGGAACGAGUGGAUCAACGGGUACCUGGAGGCGAUCCUGGACGCGGGCAGCGGCAGGGCCAGGGCCAUGUCGGCGCGGCGCCGCCGCUGACAACGGCUGCGCUGCCGAGGCUGCUGGCGGAGGCCGGCGGGCAGGGUGCCGCGGCGUACAGCCCCACGCGAUACUUCGUGGAGGAGGUGGUCAGCUGCUUCGACGACCGGGACCUCCACAAGACGUGGACCAAGGUGCGUAUCGUACACGCUGAUCGUCUCUUCUGGUUCUGGAGAGCAGUGGUGAUGGAUUCUUGGCUCUUGGCUCCUUUCGAUCGCAAGCAGGUGGUGGCGAUGCGCAUCAGCCAGGAGCGGAGCAACCGGCUGGAGAACCUGUGCUGGAGGAUCUGGCACGUCGUCGCCAGGAAGAAGCAGCAGGUGGAGUGGGAGUACUCGCGGCAGCUGGCGCUGCGGCGCCUGGAGCAGGAGCAGGGCAGCCGGGAGGCCGCCGAGGAGCUCUCCGUCUCCGAGGGCGAGACCAAGGCCGACGCCGCCCAGGCCCAGCAGGCUCUGUCUCCGAGGAGCUCAGAGUGGGCCUGCACAUCAGAGGCACAAAGCAACUGA